AUGUGGUACGAAAUACUUCCAAGUGCGAUAAUCGUUACCGCAGUUUUAUGGGUACCCCCAAUCGCACAAGUUGGAAUAAAUUGGCUCUGUUUUAAUGGAAAGAGCUAUGAGGCAUGUGAAUUCGAUACCAUCGUAAAAGGUGUGAGGAUUGUACAAGUUAAUGCUAUUGAGCGUGAGAGGCCGCACGGCGACUUGGUGCGAUUUAGGUCGUCUGACCAUGGGGAUCUGGUUAUUCCGUCCAUUAGUUCCUCAAAAUAUGGACAACGGAAAUUUGCUGUAAUGGCGGGUGAAAUUUGGAACUCACUUCCUGUACAGUUGAGGGAUGGUUCCAUAACAGAUCGACGACUGUUCAAAAAAACAUUGAAACAUCAUUAUUUCAACUCUGUACACCAAAGAAAGCCCUUCUGA